AGGCAGCGAGAAAAGACUAAUGAUCCAGCAUGUGGAGCCAGUCAUUCCAAUAACAUGGACAAGUACGAAAAGGUGAAGAAAAUUGGGGAAGGUUCAUUUGGAAAGGCUAUCCUGGUCAAAUCCAAAGAUCAUGGACACCAAUAUGUCAUUAAGGAGAUUGGCAUAUCUGGAAUGUCCAGCAAAGAGAGGCAGGAAUCUCGGAAGGAAGUUGCUGUUCUUGCCAACAUGAGUCAUCCAAACAUCGUCCAGUAUAAGGAAUCUUUUGAAGAGGGUGGCUGCCUGUAUAUUGUGAUGGACUACUGCGAGGGUGGAGACCUAUUCAAAAAGAUCAACUCUCAGAAAGGGGUACUGUUCUCAGAAGCGCAAAUCCUAGAUUGGUUUGUGCAGAUCUGCCUAGCGCUCAAGCAUGUGCACGAUCGAAAAAUUCUCCACAGAGACAUAAAAUCACAGAACAUCUUUUUGACAAAAGAUGGAACAGUUCAGCUUGGAGACUUUGGAAUUGCAAGGGUGCUGAACAGCACUGUAGAACUGGCAAGAACAUGCAUAGGAACACCAUAUUACCUGUCACCAGAGAUCUGUGAAAAUAAACCAUACAAUAACAAAAGUGAUAUUUGGGCCCUAGGGUGUGUUCUGUAUGAAAUGUGCACUCUUAAGCAUGCAUUUGAGGCUGGCAACAUGAAGAACUUGGUUCUUAAGAUAAUUCGUGGGUCGUACCCUCCUGUGUCUUGUCACUACUCCCAAGAACUGCGAUCUCUCCUUGCACAGCUGUUUAAACGCGACCCUCGAGAGCGACCCUCAGUCAACAGCAUACUGGACAAACCUUUCCUCUCCUGCAGGAUUGAGAAGUUUCUCACACCACAGGUUUCCAGCUGCAGCACCCCAGAAGACCUGGCAGACUUGAAAAGUCACCUUGGGGACUGGAUUGCAGGCUGUGGUAUCCCUGACAUCUACACUGCCACACUACUUGAUGUUAAGAGGAUAAGGGGCGAGAUCCGAGGUCCCAGAUGGAGCCAGAAAGCCUGCAGACAAAAAACCAGCUGGAAAACACAAACCGGUUAG